GGCUGAGUACAGUGAGUGACACUCCUGUUGCUGUGGUUGACCACACGCUCGAGGGAGGUGUACUGCCUGGGGCGGAGGGAUGUUCACCCCUCAGAAACUGGACUCGUUUAAAGGAGGCAGCAGUGCCCCAACAUGUGUGUGCAGGGGGAGAGUCACUUUGCCGUGGUGACAGUGGAGAAGGAGCUGUACACCUGGGGCUGAUGUUCAAAGUGGAGCGAAGAUGGUGGGCCAGCUUGGACACGGAGACCAGGCCUCGUACCGGCAGCCGAAGAGGGUGGAGAAGCUGCAGGGGAAGGCCAUCCGACAGGUGGCCUGCGGGGCUGACUUCACUGCCUGUAUCACCGAUGAGGACGAGAUGUACAUGUUCGGGUCGGACUAUUACGGCUGCAUCGGAGUGGAGGGCGAGUUCGGCACGGAGAUUUUGGAGCCAGUGCUUUUGGAUUUUUUCGAGGAGAGGCCUGUGCGUCAGGUUUCAUGUGGAGACAACCAUGUGGUGGUCCUGACUCAGAGUGGGGACAUCUACUCCUGGGGCUGCGGAGAGUACGGGCGUCUUGGUCUGGAAUGUGAGGAUGACUUCUCAUCUCCAAUGCAGGUGGAGAUCCCUAAAGGCGCCACCAUCUCCUCGGUGUCAUGUUCCACCGAUGGAACCUUCUUUUUAACAGACACUGGCAAAGUCCUAGCGUGUGGAAACAAUGAGUUCAACAAGCUGGGACUGAACCAGGGAAUCUCUGGUCUCAAGAACCACACUGGAGAGGGUUACCAGGGGAUACCGUACAUCACCACGUUGACCCUGGUGAAGCAGCUGUCGAGGUUCAAGAUCCACGCCAUCUCUCCGGGGAAGACCCACACGGCUGCUAUCGAUGGCUUUGCAGAACGUGGUCGUUUGAUCACCUUCGGGUGCAACAAGUACGGACAGCUGGGUGUGAAAGACUUUAAGAAACAUCAGGGAGUCCAACUCCUCCUCGGACCCUUUGGAGGCAAGACGGUGACCAAAGUGUCGUGUGGAGACGGCUUCACCAUCGCAGCCACUGAGGACAAUCAUAUCUUUGCCUGGGGAAACGCAGGAAACGGGCGCCUCGGGAUGCCGGCUGAUAAGGGCUUCGGUUCAGAGGUGUGCCCUUCCAUGCCAAGGCCGAUCUUUGGCUCCCUCCAUCAUGUGCCGGACCUCUCCUGCCGUGGCUGGCACACCAUCAUCAUAAUGGAGAAAGUGCUCAACUCCAAGACUAUUCGCUCUAACAGCAGCGGUAUAUCAAUUGGUAGUGGACUGGGCCAAGGGGCAUCUACAUCCACAGUGGAUCUGGACAUAGAACCUGGAUCAGAGACAGAGUGUCGUGACCGGGGUCUUGGGGGAACACGGGAGGAUAAAACAGAGGAGUGCUUCAUGGAGACGUCGAAGAUGUCACUAGCAAGUCAGAGUGGGGACAGCUCCUGCCCCCUCUGGCUCAGGAAGGAGCUCGAGAACGCAGAGUUCAUCCCCAUCCCACUGGACUCUGAAGCAUCCACUCCCGACCCGCUCUCUUCUGUCUCUGAGACCGUCACUCUACCUUACGAGGAGCUGAAAGAGCUGAAGGCAGCGGCAGCAGCAGUCAGCACAAAGAAGGAGCUAUCGACUAAACGAAUGGGCUGUGAUAAAGUCAACGGACUGGAGGAGGCUGACGUCUGCAAAAAAGGACAAUCUGGUGCCUGCUGCGAAGCAAGUAGUGAAAUCACACAGCUGCAAGAGACGGUUGCUCGUCAGGAUUUGAGGAUCCAAAUGCUGGAGAAGCAGGUCAACGAGCAGCGGAAGGAGAACGAAAGGCUUUGGGCAGCCAUCAAUCGCUCAACGCUACGGGAAGCAGGAUGUGACAACAACGGAAACCAUCCCUCUGACGCCCGGAUGCCCGGGGAUGGGGGGGAAAGAGGAGGCAGACUCACACACCAUGGGGGCCGACCUGCAGGGGCCAGCGUGUGAGACUUCACCUGCAGAUGCCCUGGUUAUGGGAGCGUGUCAAAACUCUUAUAUCGAACCAAACAAGCUGGUUGGAUGUGCAGUAGAGGGUGCAGCCUCCUGCCUGUUUGACAAUGGUUACAUACAGUAUACAUAUUUCAAAUGUAGUUGCAUGAUGACAUUCUGUUACGUUAUACUGUAUAAUGCCUUGCACACUUGUUCACCUGGGUGCAGUGAUCUAGAACAGUUUCUCAACAAACUGAAAUGUUGGCUGGGUUCACCAAGAAGCCCCUGAGAGAGGGUCAUCAUAGUGUUACUCUGCUUUGUGAAAGGAAAGUCGUUUUUUGAUGGACUUUUAAGAUGAUGUCAGCAUUGUUUAUUCAGUCCUUAGUGCCUCACGUAUAUGCAUUUAGGUAAGACAAUCUCAUGUGACUAUGGAAUAGUUUGUGAAUGCAUCCAAAGUUUAGAGUUUCCUCUUGUUAAUUGUUAGUAGAUUGGCUGCCGGGAUGUUGUCCAGAUUGAUCAUGUUGGCGCAAUCAUCCAAUGUGAAAAAAAACCUUUUUUAUGUAUGACUUUAUUCUUCAUUACUGUACUUCCAUUUGAUCUUCUUAGAGAAGGUUAAAGUGCCAAAGACAAAAAGCCUCUAAAACUAUUUUCCAUAUUUAUCGGACAUGUAAGCUAUUACAAAUAUAUUCAACUUAUCUCAUGCAAAUAUAUACUUUUUUUAAAUGUUCAUGACUUAUUAACAUAUGAAAGUAUUUGUGUGAACACGUAACUACUGAAUCAUAUUUUUAAGACACCUUUUAUUUUUGCCUUCAACGCUUGAAUUCUUGUGGGGCAGCACAUGCACAACACUUGAAACGUUUUCUUUGAAUGGUGAAACAUUCAUUAUAUAGCUCAUUGCAGCUAUAAUGUCAUUGUUUUUCUUAUGCAUUUUUAACCAUUUUAUCUGUCUUUGGUACUUUCUGAAUUUAUGUUUCACCAUAUUUUGAAAUAUUUGUGAAAGCAAAUAUGUAUGUUUUUUGUGUGUGUUAUAACAAAAAAUGCAACAGUGCCUUAGAAAGCUAUAUAAACCAAAAGUUAUUGCAGUUAUGACAGUGUGUAGUGUGUUGGCAGCGUUUCAUUUUUCUCAACAGUUAACCAAAUAUUAUGGAGAUGUAACAGUUGUAUAAACUCUUUUCUUACAGGCACACUGUCUUUGUUUAAAAUCCAUAAAUAAAACUAACACCUGUCUUUUA